GUCUGCGAGAUCAGGACUACUCUUCCUGAGCACCGCCAUGAUCCUGUUGCUCUCUUGCCUGCUCUUGCUGCAAGCCUUUUGUACGUGAUCACGGUCUUUUAAUUCAUCCAUAGAUAUAUUAGAUUCCUGGCUUGUCUCUAAUCCUGGAGGUUUCUCUGUCCGAGGUUACGUUUUGCUCUUCGCUGUUGUGAUUGAUCUGUGAAGUUGGGGUCUCGAUGGUGGAUGGAUGCUUUACAUGAUUCCAGUGUUUGUGCCAUUGUAGUACCAGUUGGGGGCAGCAAACCCUCGGAGAAAUUUGUGGAGGCUAACGUGAAAGCUUCCCCAGGGGUACAGACAUCUUCGUAUUUUCCGAAAAAUCCUUUGAAAGUGGUUAAACCAGGAGAGCGUACUCAGGUUGAUAUUGAUGUCAUCAAUGAUGGACAAGCUCCUUUGAAGGUGAUAUAUACUCGUGCCAGUAUUCACCUUCCGCAUGACCAUCGCCUCAUUGUUCAGAACUUCACAGUCCAGGAGGGCACUACCAUCGUCACUACUGGUAGCAAGGGAUCUUACAGCUACUCGUUCAGCAGCAACAAGCUCUUGCAAGCAGGAAUCUACGACUUGGUGGGAUAUGUUGUUUACGAGAUUGAUGGCGGACUUUACAAGAACGUCUUCCACAACGGCUCUAUUGAUGUAUUGGAAAAUGGUGGCUUUGUGAAAGGAGAAACCAUAUUUCUUUGUAGUUUAGGUUUGGGUAUUUUGGGACUCCUCGGCAUGUGGGCCUAUUCUCAAGCUCAGAAUUUCCUCAAGAAGCGAAAAAGAAGCUACAAGAGAGUUGAGACGGGUACCCGCUCCAGCAGCGGUGCUCUUACUAAUGAUUGGCUUCAAGGAACUUCAUAUACCCAAAGAUCGUCAAAAAAUACCUCACAGCAACGGCAGUCAAUCAAGAAAAAGAACUCUUCUAAAGACUCCUAGAGAUUUUGUUGGCAGUCAAUUCUUCUGAAUUUGAUCAGCGUGUUCGAUACCUUUCGAUUGAGAGCUUGUUGAGCUUUCUAUCUCCCAUUAAGGUCACGUUUACUACUUUGCAAGCAGAACGUAGAAAUCAGUUACGAAGCUGAAUGCAACUUCCAUAGACUAUUAAUCAUCCAAUCAUUGUGGGGUUUCAGUACUCAAGAUAGGUAUUGAAACUAUGAUAAUUGAGGAUCACCAUUGUUCCGCCAGCAUAGUGAGAAAUGUGAUUAUUUCGCAUGAUAUUAGCACAUGCAGUCUCGACUUCUAUUCGCAUACCCUUGUGAUGUUUUUCACGUAUAUGUGAGGGAUAGGUUUGCGGUUAUUGAUAGUACGCUAGUUCAUAUCUUUCUUGGUUUUGAGAACUACGUGAUCAAAUGCAGGAUGUACUGGUAGUUUACUUAAAAGAAAAUACGUAUGUGUUAAGUUGCAACACAGCUUCAAAUCUCGAUGGGCC